AUGACCGUGUCUGAGGCUGUGCCAGCCUAUGCACCACUCUCGCGCACGACGGAGUUCGAGCGCCGGCCCAGCGCCGGCCAGCUGGUCGAGAACUUUCCCGCAUCUGUUGUCUAUUACAUCGGCUUUCGUUCCACGAUGACAGCCGAAGAAUAUGAACCACCGAUUAUCGGAUCUUCUGAGGAAUCCACAGUCAUGAUUGGGAACUCGCAGCCCAGUAUACUCGAUGCUGCUGAGCAGGCGUAUGCUACUUACAAGAAGAUGUGGGACAUGUCCUGCCUUGACAUUGCGAUAGCCCUGUUUCAGCGAGCGAUAGACAUUGCUCCCAGCCCAUAUCUGCUAGGAGAGCUGGGACACUGUCUGAGUCUUGUUUACGAAGCGCGAGGCGACGUUGCCGACCUCCAAAGGGCCAUCUUAGCUGAAUACGAGGUUCUCCGGCUCGUUCCAGACAGCCAGCCGAUCAAGGCUUUGCGUCUCAACAAUUUCAGCUCCUCCCUGCGAAAACGUUACAAACGCCUCGGCACGCCCAACGAUCUCGAAGUGGCAAUACAUCUGCAAUAG